AUGCUCCAGAACAUGAGGCCUCGAGGAGCAAGCGCCUUGGCCUCCAUUGCUGCAUACGCCCUGUGGAUCUAUCAUGAGUCUUGCAGAACGAAGAGGCAGGAACAGGAGCAGAGACAUGGGUUGGAGGAGAAGGAGGACGAGGACGAGGACGAGGACGAGAAGGACGAGGACGAGGACGAGAAGGACGAGGACGAGGACGAGAAGGACGAGGACGAGGACGAGGACGAGGACGAGAAGAACGAGGACGAGGACGAGGACGAGCAAAGGAGGAGGAGGAGGAGGAGGAGGAGGAGGAGGAGCAACGGAGAAAAGUCGAUUGCCAACUUUUUGAUCUGCCCUGCGGCGACGAUUGCUCUCACAUGCGUUUGCGAGUCCCAGGACCACCUGGACACACGUUAA